AAAUAGUGAAUUAAAAAAUAAAAGUUGAAAGCCUUGUUUGACUAGAGGAACGAGUUUCCAAGAGUAAUUCGUGUGUGAGAAGUGAAGGUGAGAAGAGAAGUACCACUACGCUACGUUACGCUCCCUCUCUCUCUAUCUUCCAACAAUUACUCUACCAAUUCUUCUUCUUCUUCUUCUUCAUCCUCAGACAGGUUUCGUCUUGUCUUUGAAGAUGGAAAGCGCAUCGGAGUUGGUGGAAUUCCCGUUGUUGGUGACCCCCAUUGAUACUCACUACAGGGCUUGCACCAUUCCUUACAGAUUCCCUUCUGAUAAUCCCCGCAAGCCCACUCCAAUUGAGCUCUCUUGGAUUGAUCUCUUCGUCAAAUCCAUACCCUCCUUCAAGGAGCGUGCAGCGAGUGAUACUUCUGUUCCUGAUGCUGCAAAUAAAGCUGAAAAGUUUGCUCAAAGGUAUGCUGACAUACUUGAAGAUUUCAAAAAAGAUCCCGAAAGUCAUGGAGGGCCACCUGAUUGCAUUCUUCUCUGCAGACUCCGUGAGCUAAUUCUUAGAGAAUUGGGAUUCAGGGAUAUCUUCAAAAAUGUGAAGGAUGAAGAAAAUGCAAAUGCCAUCACUCUAUUUGAGGAUGUUGUUCGUCUUAAUGAUGCCAUUGAAGAUGAAAGCAUGCGACUUGAGAAUUUAGUAAGAGGAGUUUUUGCAGGAAACAUAUUUGAUCUUGGUUCUGCACAGCUUGCAGAGGUUUUCUCCAAGGAUGGAAUGUCCUUUUUGGCUAGUUAUCAAAAUCUUGUCCCUCGACCAUGGGUUAUUGAUGAUCUUGACACAUUCAAAAUGAAAUGGGGCAAGAAGUCAUGGAAGAAGGUUAUUAUAUUUGUCGAUAACUCUGGUGCAGAUAUCAUUUUGGGUAUUUUACCAUUUACAAGGGAGCUGCUUCGGCAUGGGAGUCAGGUUGUAUUGGCUGCUAAUGACUUGCCUUCCAUCAAUGAUGUGACUUAUUCUGAGCUAAUUGAAAUUAUAUCAAAGUUAAAGGAUGAAGAAGGACGUCUUGUGGGUGUCAGUACUUCAAAUCUUUUAAUUGCUAACUCUGGCAAUGAUUUACCUGUUAUUGAUCUUACAAGGGUGUCUCAGGAGCUUGCUUACCUUGCAAGUGAUGCAGAUCUUGUCAUCUUAGAAGGAAUGGGCCGGGGAAUAGAAACAAAUCUUUAUGCUCAAUUCAAAUGUGAUUCCCUUAAGAUUGGAAUGGUCAAGCAUCCUCAGGUUGCAGAAUUUCUUGGGGGGCGCCUGUAUGACUGCGUAUUCAAAUACAAUGAAGCUUCAUGAUUAUAAGUCGUAUUCUUUUGUCUACUAAUAUGGUGCAUUCGUUGAAAUUUCUGGUGUUAACCUUUCUACUUUAUACACCAUUAUAUGCGUGUAGCAAGAUACUCUAUCAAGAAUGCCAUUUUAGAAUUAGAGAGGCAAAAAAAUUGAAUAUUUUACUUGUAAUAAACAAUUGUUCAACAUGCAUGACUUGCACUCAAGCUAACAAAGAGGGGGCAUAGGUAUUGCAAUUUGGAGGAAA